GCUCCCUUGCAAUGUUUGCCUCUAUAAUUUAAAGAGGCAGAUAACAAACACACACAAUUUACAGUUUGAACACGACAAACAAUUAACAAAAACAAAGAGAGCUAGAGAAAGAGUAAGGCAUGACGACGACAAGUAUGGAGCAACAACAACAUGGAGGAGCCAACUCUUCUCAAGAUGAAGGGAAAAUCAAGGAAGAGAAUGAUUCUAACAAUAAUCGUCGUAAAAGGGUUGAAUCAUCAUCGUCUCCUUCGACUAGCUUCAACGAUGAAACUCAUAAGAAUGAUGAAAGUUUGACACAAUCCACUGAUGAACGUAAUAUAAAGAAAGAUUCCGACGUUGAUAAACAGGGCAAAGAACUUGAGUCAACAAAAGCUGAAAUAGGUGAAGUAAUGGAAGAAAACCAAAGGCUUAAGCAAUACCUAAAUAAGAUGAUGACUGAUUAUCAAAUGUUACAAAGCAAAUUCCAUGAAAUCUCUCAACAAGACUCAAAACAACUCAAGAUUAUGGCCGCAACUCCUCCUCCUCCUUCUCGAGCUUCAUGUGAUGAAGAUGAAGAAGAAGCAGAUAAAGAACUUGUAUCCCUUAGUCUAGGGAGAUCUCCAAGUCUCGACUCUAAGAAGGGAUAUACUAAUAAGUUAAGUUCACCAUCCAAAUUAGCAACGAAUCAUAGCAAAUAUGUUGACAUGGAAGCUAAUGAGAGAAGCUUGGAUCUCGGAUUAGAGUGCAAGUUUAAAGCUUCAAGUACGACAGAUCAUCCUCAAAACCUCAAUGAGACGAAAUAUAGCGAAGCUCUUAAGAGUAAUAAUGUUACAACUGGUGGUAAUAGUAAUGGAGACGACGAAUUAGUACACCAACCCCCUAUGAAGAAAGCUAGAGUUUCAGUUCGAGUUAGAUGUGACACCCCAACUAUGAAUGAUGGAUGUCAAUGGAGAAAGUACGGGCAAAAGAUUGCUAAAGGAAACCCAUGUCCUCGAGCUUAUUAUCGUUGCACGGUUGCUCCAUCAUGUCCAGUAAGAAAACAAGUGCAAAGAUGUGCUGAAGACAUGUCCAUCUUGAUCACCACAUAUGAAGGGGCACAUAAUCAUCCACUCCCAGUCUCAGCAACAGCAAUGGCUUCCACCACUUCAGCAGCAGCCUACAUGCUAAUGUCUAAAUCGUCGACAUCUUCAAAUCUCGGAUCACUCCCUUCUACAACGACACCUAUUGGAGAACAACUUCAUGGAGGCCUUAAGUUCAACAUCCUCAAUAAUUCUGAACAAAAUUCAUUUUUUUCUCCAAAUUCCUCUACAUUUUCUCCUGCUCCUAUACACCCUACAGUAACCCUAGACCUUACUUCAACCCCUUUAUCAUCCACAAAUAACCAAUUCAAUAAGGUUGCUUCAAAUUUAGGUUCAAGGUAUUCUUCAUCAAAUCUCACCUUCAAUUUUUCGGAAAAUUCAAACAAUCCCCUUUACUCUUGGUCUAAUGGAUUACCUAGCUAUGGAACUCAAUCCUACAAAAAAACCCUAAAUAGCCCACUAAAUAUUGGAUCAUCAAACAAUACAUACAAUUUUCAAAGUAAUCUCUUGCAAAAGAGUAACAUCUCUCAUAUAAAUCCUCCUAAUCAUGAUUCUUUGCCCGACACAUUUGCUCAAGCAGCCAAGGUUCUUACUUCAGAUCCAAGCUUCCAAUCAAUUCUAACCGCCACCUUGUCAUCCUUCAUCAAUGGAAAUAAUGGCAAUGCUAAUAGCAAAAUAGUUGGAAAUUACGCUAGCAAUCACCACGAAAAAGGCGGUUGUCAUACUUCUUCUACAAAUAGCUCAUUAUUUCAAUCCACAAGCAAUAAGGACACUAAUGGAUAUGUUUCAAGCUUGUCUAACAAGGUUCCUAUAGCACCAAAUUCAGAAUUAGCUCAAAGUAGCCAUAUGUUUCUUACUUCUUCAUUGCCUUUCUCUUCUACUAAAAGCACAUCAUCCUCCCCUGAUAAUAUAAAUCAAACAAAUUGAACAUUAUUUGAAAAGCUUAUUGUAAAUUGUAGAUUUUUAAAAAGCAAACAUUAUUGAUUUGUAGUUUAUUAUUAUUAGCUAGUGAGAUAAUUUAAAAUUCAAGUCUUAUAGGAGUUUUGAACUAGAGUUUUUUUUAAAUCAAUGAUACAUUCCUUAACUUCUCCUAUUAUAUACUGUGUGAUUCUAUUUUGAUACUUUAUUUAGUUUGACUGUGGAUGGGAAUUUGUAAAAUUGACUAUGUAUUAAUGUAAUGCUAAUAUAAUUGUAUU